AUGCGUGUACAUCAAAUCAACAGCAAAGCCGAUUAUCCGGAACAAACUCUUUUUAGUUCCGACACCGCCAACCAAAUUCGUCGCCUCAUUCCAUAUGUCUUAUACAGCGCAUUACCGGUAAAUGGCACACCUGCUGACUACGGUACCUUGCAUAGGCUUUUAACUAGCGCAAAUUAUACGCACAGUGAUUUCUUAGAAAAAAUAUCACCAGAUUGCGAAAGUCAACUGAUACGUUGUAAAAUAAUUGGUCAAGUACAUCCCUGUAAGGUACUCUUUCAGCGUAUGCAAACACAGCAUGGCUACUGUUGUUCAUUCAACUUUAAUACCAUUAUAAAUGGAAAUCAAACAGCGGAAGAGUUAAGCAUACAAAGCAAUCGCUUUGGCGCUAAAUGGGGUCUAUCGGUGCUGCUCGAUCCACAGUUAGAGGAUUACUAUGCGUCUAGAUAUAAAUUUAGCGGCUAUCAAGUAUACAUAAACAAUGGAUACGAUUUUGUCAAUAUCAAUGACCCACAUCAAUUGGUUUUGCCCGGCAACUCCAUUCAUAUACAUACUACACCGUCCAUCAUUCAAGCCACGACUUUAUUGAAGAAUGAAAAUCUGCAACUGCGUCAGUGCUAUUUACGCACCGAACGUAAGCUUCUUGCGUUUGCUGAGUAUACUCAGCAGAAUUGUUUUUCCGAAUGUCGUAGUGAAAAAGUGUUUAAGAUCUGCGGUUGUGUGCCCCCAUUAUGGCCACGUGCGCAGAACUGGACCGUAUGCACUCUGUUAGAAGCUAGUUGUAUAAUGGCUCAAAUCGGUCUGUUCGGCGGCAUAACCAGCCUAUACAUGGGUAUUAGCUUCAUUUCUGGCUUUGAAAUAAUUUUCUUUCUCUCCGUGCGACCAGUGGCCCAUCUGCUAACGAGAAUAAAUAAGCGACGGCAAGCUAUGAAAAAGCAAAAGGAAUUGAAAACGAAUUAUAAAGUCAUAAGAAACUAA